AUGAGUAAAGUAGAGGAGAAACCAGAGACAACAGAAACACAAGAAGUCAGAUAUACUGCUCCGGCCAUCCCAGCAUAUACUGCUUUAUUGUAUCACAUCUGCAAAUACUGGUUUACGCCUUAUUGGGUAAUAAUGUUUUUCAUCUAUUUAUGCAAAGAUUACUUGUUAUAUAAAGGUGUUGCACCUCUUGAUUGGGUAUUCCUAUUUUUAUGGAUACCUAUACAGAUUAUUGCUAUUUACUUCGGUAUCCGAAUGUUCCGCCUCCCGGUUGCAUCAUUUUUCUGGCCUUGGCUCAUUUCGUCAAUUGUUGCAGUAUUCUUUGAAUUAUUCUUCUUCAUUAUUGCUCAAACAGUUUUAUAUUUCGAAUACAUUAUAACUAUUAUUAUCUUAAUUACUCAAAUUAUAUUACUUCUUGCUGGAUUUGUCUCAUUUUUCAUCCAGAGGCGUCCAAUGAGAAUCCAGCCAGAGUAA